CAGGAAUGGAAACAUCAAUUCAGUGUCAUUUGACUCUCCUGUUGCUACCAGCUUUGACGCUUGUAGUCUUCGUGACUCAGAUGACUGGAGAAUCAGCGUACAGAAAUGGUUUAUUCAGAAAAAUCUCUUCAUCAAAAUGUGUCAGCGAUCAGAGAAUAUCAACUGCAGAAACGGUGUCUGUUACAGCAUGUUCGAUUUGGUGCAUGUCACAAGAUGAAUGCCAGUAUUUUAGCUAUUGUAAAGGUACAUGUCAUAUGUAUCGAUUGUGGUACAACAAAGAAAUCGAAGAUUAUGAUUGCAAUUGUUCUUCGUAUAUUUCGUUCCCUGCAAACGGUACAAGCUGGCAGAGAAUAUUUGAGAUGACCAAAGAUUCAUUUACAAGGAGUCUUAUUUAUUUGUACUGUGACAGAUUUCCUAUGGCAGAGAAGGAAUUUCGGUUGAAAAUAGGAUCUAAUCAUUAUUUGACUUUUAAUGGAACGGGGACGAAUUCUACAUCGUGGCUCCAGAAAGAUAAAAUCAUUUUUAAUACACAUCCGGCUUGGAUACCACGGAAAUUUACUUUCAAUAAGAAUUUCAGUUACCCGUUCUUUUCCAUCGAGUAUGAUAACAACUGGAGCUUAGAAGCCAAAAGAAGAAGUGGAAAUGUCGAAAAGUACGAUAUUCCUUGCAAAAAUCCAUCCGGUAAGGUGCAGUGGAGUUACUCACGACUGGUCUUCUCGGUACUUUUAAAAUAGAGUACAUAUGCAAUUCCAGAAAUUGCAUAUUUUUACAUACAUACAUACAUACAUACAUACUGUUAACUCUCUGGCACGUUCGUCAAAAUCUUAAAGAGGGCGCUUCAAUCUAUUUUACAAUAUAAAGAAAGAUGUCUUGCUAAAUACUUUAUUUCAGAGUUUAUCCUUCAUUAGCAUAUAUCGCUGUUUAACUCGGAAAUGCAAGAUAUUUCACCCCACCGCCACCCAAAGUCCACACACACACACACACACGCAUUCACAUAUUUUUCUGUCAUGUGUUUAAUAUGCUUUUCUGAAACACUCUAUGGCGCACGAAUGUAAUAUUUUUGAACGAAAUAUUUCCGAAUUUAAUAUCCCAAAGAAUAACUAUUCUUUCUAGU